UCAUCGCCUCGCCAUCUACGAACAAUAAUCAACAACCAACCAUGGCGCAGGAGAGCAGCGACGUCGUCAAGUGCACCGCCGCAAAGGUGGUGGCCGCCGCCGAGGAUGAGGGCCCGGUGGCGCCGCCUGCAACGCCGUUCAAGUUCAACGUGCACGCCCCGGAGUUCGUGCCCAUGUCGCCCACCGCCGCCAGCCCCAUGUCCGCGCCGGCCGGCGGCUACUACACGCCCUUCAUGCAGAUGCAGGCCGGCCUGGGACCCGACUGGAGCUUCUUCCCCGACCACGAGCCUGCCUUCUUCAUGCCAGAUUUCGCACACGCCAAGUUCGGCGUUGCCGCCGCCACUGGAAGUAACAUCGUCGCGCAGGCCAAGGGGACUGGCGCCGCCGCCGACGUCGCACAGAAGAUUGUCAAGCAGGUCGAGUAUCAGUUCAGCGACAUUAAUCUGGUGGCAAACGAGUUCUUGCUCAAGAUUAUGAACAAAGACACAGAAGGUUAUGUUCCCUUAUCAGUCAUUGCAUCCUGGAAGAAAAUAAAGUCUCUUGGGACAACUAACCAGAUGCUGGUUAAGGCUCUUCGCACCUCCACAAAGCUUAUUGUCAGUGAUGACGGCAAGAAAGUCCGGCGCAGGCAGCCAUUCACUGAGAAACACAAGGAAGAACUUCAGUCCCGCAUGAUCAUAGCAGAGAAUUUGCCAGAGGAUUCCUCGAGAAACAGCCUCGAGAAGAUCUUUGGUGUCAUCGGAAGUGUGAAGAACAUCAAGAUAUGCCAUCCACAAGAGCCUAGCUCGGCAAGGGCUUCUAAGUCAGACACGCUAGUAAGUAACAAGAUGCAUGCACUUGUGGAGUACGAGACCUCACAGCAAGCUGAGAAAGCAGUGGAGAAGCUAAAUGAUGAACGGAACUGGAGGAAAGGCCUCCGUGUUCGUGCAGUGCUCAGGCGCUCGCCCAAGUCAGUGAUGAGGCUGAAGCGGCCAGAUUUUGACCACUUUGUCGGCUCUGAUGAUGAAUCACCGCACUCCCAGAUGUCAUCCGACUCCCCCACAGCAGACUACUCACCUGAGGCUCAUCCAGAGGAUCACCAAAAUGGUACCAAGAAAGGUUGGGCGAGAGGGCGAGGGAAGCUGCACAUCGCAGCGCCGCACAGCCCACAGUCUGCUCCUGCCGGCAUGAUCGGCCAUUUUGAUCCGUUGAGCCCCCGUCAGACAUCCCAGAAAUGCCCAUUGAGCCCCCGUCAGGCAUCCCAGAAAUGCCCAUUGAGCCCCAAGCAGCCUCCCCAGGGCCCAAGGAUGCCCGACGGGACACGCGGGUUCACCAUGGGCCGGGGCAAGCCAGCAGCAUCAUCACCAGCAGCCCGGGCAGUUGCUGCUCCUGCUCCUGUCCUUGUUUAG